AUCACAUUGAGGUGUAAGCGAAAGUAAAAAUUAAAAAAAUAGAGAUAUGCAGCAAGAUUUUAAAACAGAUAUUAUCUUAAAAAUGAUGUAGUGUCACUAUAUUUCUUCACGUUUAACUUUGUGGUUAUAGUCUUUAAAAGUUGCUUCAUCUUCAGUGUUUGUUCGCAGAUUUAGCUGCACGUGGAACUGUCUUCUCAAACUUUGGCAGAAUCUUUCAAACGGUGAAAAGCCAUGACAGAUAAACCAAUGUGGGAGCAAAUCGGCACGGGAUUCGUGCAACAUUACUAUCAGCAGUUUGAUUUAGACCGCAUGAAGCUCGCCGACCUCUAUACUGAUGCCUCCUGUUUGACAUGGGAAGGAGAGGGAUUUCAAGGGAAAACUGCUAUCAUGAACAAACUAAAUACCCUGCCCUUCCAGACUAUCCUGCACAAAAUCACCGCUCAGGACCAUCAUCCAACUCCAGACAGCUGUGUCAUGAGUAUGGUCAUGGGCCAGCUCAAAAAGAAAGAAAGUCAUACACAUCUGGGAUGGCAUGACGGCUGAUCAAGACCAAGUUAUAGGCUUUCAACAAGUCUUUCUGCUGAAGAAUGUAGAAAACAAAUGGGUCUGCACUAACGACAUGUUUCGAUUAGCUCUUCAUAACUUUGGAGUGUAGUUAUAGUGU